GGUGCCUGCAAGCCACAACAAAGUGGGCACCAUUGACACCCUUAUUAUUAUUAUUAUUAUUGUGUCAUUAGCAUUUUUGUCUUUAUAAUUAAUCCUUGGCAGUUCCUUUUUUCUUUCACACUCUCCAAGUCUCCAUCCACACUCAUUCAUUUGCAACAAUAACCAACAAUGGAAAGUGGAUUACCCUUGCUUCAUUGUCUCUUGCAACAUACUCUUAGAAACCUGUGCUCUUCUUCAACUUCUACUUCAGAAUCUUCUUCUUCUUCUUCCUCCAAAUGGGUUUAUGCCGUUUUUUGGAGAAUUGUACCAAGAAACUUCCCUCCUCCAAGGUGGGAAUUUGGUGGAAGUGCUCUUGAUCGUUCCAAAGGGAACAAAAGAAACUGGAUCCUUGUUUGGGAAGAUGGAUUCUGUGAUUUCAAUGAAUGCCAACAUGGAAGGAGCUUGAAUGAAAGGUUUGGAGCUGAAGUAUUCUUCAAAAUGUCUCAUGAAGUUUACAAUUUUGGAGAAGGAAAAGAAAAUUCACAAUUCACAUAUAAAGGAAGAAGGAUUAAACAACCAAGAGCUUGGGAGUUUCAGUUCAAUUCAGGUAUUCAGACUGUUGCUGUCAUUGGUGUUAGAGAAGGCUUAGUGCAACUUGGUUCAUUUAACAAGAUUGCUGAAGAUCUGAACAUAGUGAUGAGCAUACAAAGAAAAUUCAGCUACCUUCAAAGCAUACCAGGUGUGUUUGCAAUUCAAAGACCAUCAUACUUACCCAUCCAACAACAAAAUCCAUACAUUGCAAAAUCCAAUUUCCAAAUCAUGGACUCCAAUAAUGACAUGCCUCUCUCAAACUACAACAUGGUGAUCAACCAAAUUGGAUCAAUUAAUAAUAAUAAUAAUAAUAAUAAUAAUAAUAAUAAUAAUAAUAAUAAUAAUAAUAAUAGUAGUAGUAGAAUACUUGAAGAAAAAUCAAACUAUUUUUCCAUGGUAGCAAUCAACAUGAUGGGAAGGAAUAAUAAUAAUAAUAAUAAUAAUAAUAGCCUACAAGAUGGAACACAACAAGGGACAAUGCAACAACAAAGUCUUUGGUCAGGUCCUUCUACUUUGCCAAACAUGUCUUGUAGUCUUGGUGCAUUGCUAUCAAGGCUCCCUAAUGAAGUUCCAUCAUGCUUUAAUCCCAACUCUCAAGUUCUUGAAACCAAUAAUAGGAUGAUCAUCAACACCACAACCCAAAGGGUGAAGAUUGAAGACUCUGGAUUUCAUCUUGGUGGUGAUGCUGAUCAUAAAGAAAACGCUAGGUCGUAAACAAAUAAAUGCCGGUUUAGUUUUUGUGUUGAGUUUAAUUUUGAUGCACUCAUACUAUAAAACGUUUUAUACAAUUGUGUAAUUGUUGUUUUGGAUCACUAUUUACACCGUUAAUGUAAAAACGGAUAUGAAUUAUGUAAUUAAAUGCGAAUGUAAAACUAUUUUAGAGUUACAGUGCAUUAAAAUUAAAUUCUUUUUUUA